GAGGCCCUGGAGGUGGCGUUGUGCAGCAGCAGCAGCAAGAAAAGCAGCAGCAGGAAGAGCUGCAGCAGCAGCAGCAGCACGAGGAUAGUGCAACGGAUCUGCUGCAGCAACGAGGUGCAGCAUUCAGCAACAACGCAAAGAGCGCCUAUCUCGCGAUGCGCGCGGCCUGGGCAGAUACGCAUGCAAACUUUCUGAAGCAGCAAAGCCCCAAAAUAGAGGCGUCAAAGCUGCACCUGCUGCAGCAGCAGCUGCUGCAGCAGCAAUGCAGUGCAGCUGCAGCGACUGGUGCUGCAGCAAAUGCUGCUGCAGCAGCUGAUACUGGAGGUUCUGUUGUGUCGCAUAAGGAGUGA